AUGGCCGGGACGGCCUACGCGGCUGAAUCUGUCGAUGCGGCCGACACCGAACAGAAUACACUGGAUGUGGAAGUCCUGGAAAUUCUGGGGGUCGAUCCCACAACAGCUAAAAAAUAUCACAAUGAAAUCAAAAAGAAUCUCGCCGUUCGUUUAGAACACAGUGCGAUAGAGGGGUUGUCAAAAGACACUCGAAAGGAGCUAGUAGACACUUACUUUGUCCCGAGUAACUGCAAACUUUUUGGUGCUCCAGUUAUGAACCUGGAGCUCAAAGCUCCUUAUCUGAACCUGACAUAA